ACCACCUGUAAGAUCAGCGCCAAUUCGGUAUCGCUCAUCGCUCAUGAGCUUUAAAUCGUUACAGAGACCAUAUACCAGGUACACAGCAUAUCUAUGAAUUGGCUGCAGCAUCUUCAAGGCUCAUGUCGGCCGCGUCAGUCGCUGCCCUGCGCGUAAUUUUUGCGGCCUGCUCCUUCACGUCUCACUGUCUGUGCUUCAGUUCCUACCUCCACGAGAUGUUUACCCGCAGCUUGACCGAACCGACUGCAGGACCUACGCCACGGUCGAGUGCUCAGACCACAAACACUGGGUAUAUAAGACUGCCCGAUCAGCAUUUCAGACUCUCCCAUCAUCACUCAACUCGAAAGCUUUUUGGCAUCGAUACAACCACUCAACCCAUUCUUCAGCAUCUAUACCCACUCAACUCUUCUCUUCUACUCCAAAACCCCAUUUAACUCUUCUACUUCACCACCAUCCACCAUGCUCUUCACCACAGUUGCCGCUCUCCUCUUCCCUGUCGCCAUCAUGGCCGUCCCCGCGCAGAAGCCCGCUUCCGGCGACGACCUGUGCUCGCCUGUCUCCUACAUCCUGUCGGAGUACACAAUCACCCACAACUCGGACUACACUUUCAUCAGCUUCAACAUCCAGUCUUCGUACACUGUCGACUCCCGUGCCAACGACCCAAUCAAGGACGGUGCGAACUGCGAGGCUGACGGCGCCGUCAUCCCUAACUCCAACGAGUGCAACAUCAAGGGCAAGGAGACUGACGACUUGGUCUUUGGCCUGAGGAAGGGCUCAACUGAUGCCAGCUACCGCAUUCAACACGAGUGGAAGUGCAACGACGCGACCUGGACAUCCACCAACGACAUCACGCUUCCCCCUCUGAGCUGCGACGCGGUUGAGGAUGGCAAGAACGGCGACACCGUCCGCUGCACCGUCAAGCCCGUCAUCUUCACACCUCAGAACGUUCACAAGCUCUCAGAGGACGACCUGAAGAAGAAGGUCGCCAGCAAAGUCAAGGCUGACGCCAAGCCUACCGCUCAGCCUAGCUCCUAGACUGUCUUCUCGAUACGGCAGCACCUUCAGUCGUCCCACU